CAGGCAAUUCGUUCUGAUUUUGUAAAAUGUCUUCAACGAUACGAAUAACUUUAUUUACUCUUUCAUUAACUCACAUUGCCCUCUGUGAGCUGUUCCAAUCGGAGGUAGUGGUACCUGUCAUAAUAAAGGAUAAGAGGUGCGAAGAACGGAUCACUUUCAGACUCUCCGCUUUCGGUAGACAAUUCACCUUAAAUCUGACUCCGGAUGACAGCUUUUUAGCUCCGCUCGUUAAGAUUCAUCGCAUUAAAUCAAGGUGCCGUUCCGAGGUGCCACUAUCUUGCGAAUCUCCAGGAGAACGGGCAGCUUCUGACAUCCUCAGAUAUAUUAACGCAACCGAGGAGACGGGAUCCUCUCUGAGGGGCUGCUUCUACUCGGGCACGGUGGACUCGAACCACAACUCCAUGGUGGCUGUCAGCCUGUGCCACGGCAUCCACGGCUCCUUCAUCGCAAAGGGAGACGAGUACCUGAUCGAGCCCCAGCGCUCCGGCACUUGGAGAUCAGAGGUGCCCGGCUUCACGCAGCCUCAUGUGGUGAGGAGACGCCUGGUCAGCACGGAAGAGCAGGGUGACACCCAGUCUGACCGAGCGGACGAUGGACCGCCCGGGAGCCACAGUGGGACGAGAUGGUCAGCAGGGGAGACGCGGCCACCCAGGAUGACGCGAAAAAGGCGCUUUGUAUCUACAGAGAGGUACAUCGAGACUCUGGUGGUAGCGGAUGCAUCUAUGGCGCGUUUCUACGGAGACGACAUAAAGCACUACCUCUUGACCCUGGUGGGCAUGGCUGCCCAGCUCUAUAAACACCCCAGCCUGAAGAAUUCAGUCAAUGUGGUGGUGGUGAAGAUGCUAGUGGUGGAGGAUGAGGAGGUGGGGCCUGGAGUCUCCAGCAAUGGGGACCUGACUUUGCGCAACUUCUGCGCCUGGCAGCAACUGUUCAACCCACCCAGCCAGAGGCACCCAGAGCACUAUGACACUGCCUUGCUCUUCACAAGGGAGGAUAUCUGUCGACACCAAAGCUGCAAUCCUCUAGGUGUUGCCGACGUUGGGACUAUGUGCGACUCCAAGAGGAGCUGCUCUGUCAUCGAGGACAAUGGCCUGCAAGCGGCCUUCACUGUGGCCCAUGAGCUAGGCCACGUGCUUAGCAUGCCGCAUGAUGAUUCCAAGAACUGUCAGAAGAAGUUCAGUCAUCUGGGACAACACCACAUGAUGGCUCCUGUGUUCGUGCACCUCAAUAGGAACAUGCCUUGGUCACCAUGCAGUGCCUACCAUAUCACUGAGUUCUUCGACAGCGGACAUGGUGACUGCCUACUGGACAAGCCUGAGAAGACCCUCCCCUUGCCCACCAAGCUGCCAGGCCUGACAUACAGCUUGGACCGCCAAUGCCAACAGGCCUUUGGGGAGGCAUUCCGACACUGUCCCAACGUGACCGAUGUAGAUGUGUGCGGUCAGCUGUGGUGCCAAGAGGAGGGCCAGCUGCAUUGCACCACUAGGAAUAGCAGCCUGCCUUGGGCAGAUGGCACACCGUGCGGCUUUGACCGCACCUGCCUCCACAGCACCUGUAUGGCGGCGCACAAGGUCUCCCAGCCCCAGGCAGCCGUGGACGGUAGCUGGGGGGCGUGGGGCCACUGGGGGCCGUGUUCCAGAACCUGCGGCGGGGGAGUGGAGUUUUCCCACAGGGAGUGCACCAACCCAGAGCCCCAGCACGGUGGGCGGUACUGCGUGGGACAGAGAGUGAAGUACCAGUCGUGCAACACUCAGGCAUGCUCAGGAAACAACGGCAAGAGCUUCAGAGAGGAGCAAUGCGAGAUGUACAACAGCAUCAUUCAGCUGGAUGCCCACGGGAAAGUCAAGCAGUGGAUCCCAAAAUACUCUGGUGUCUCUCCCCGAGACAGGUGUAAACUCUUCUGCAGAGCGAGGGGCAGCAGCGAGUUCAGAGUGUUUGAGUCCAAGGUCAUCGAUGGCACCACAUGCGGCCCUGACACCACAUCCAUCUGUGUCCAGGGACAGUGUGUUAAAGCGGGCUGUGACCUGAUGAUUGGCUCUAACGAAAAGCUGGACAAAUGCGGUGUGUGUGGAGGUGAUGGGUCUAGUUGCAGGAAAGUCACUGGCUCCAUGAGCAAGGCCAUAUAUGGCUAUAAUGACAUUGUAACCAUCCCUGCGGGCGCCACAAAUAUUGAUGUCAAACAGCGCAGCCAUCGUGGGUUUGAGCAUGACGGUAAUUACCUGGCUAUCAUGGGAGAAGAUGGAGAGUAUAUCCUGAACGGGAACUUCUCUGUGUCCACUGUGGAGCAGGACAUCCCAGUCCAGGGGGCUGUACUGAGAUACAGUGGGUCCUCCACAUCACUGGAGCGCAUCCAAAGCUUCCGGCAGCUUGGGGAGGCAAUCACCAUCCAGUUGCUGGCCACAGCUGGGGAUGCAUUACCUCCGAGGGUCAAGUACACAUUCUACCUCCCCAAAGACAUUUCCCUCAGCAGGGUUAGUGAAAAGAGAGCCUCUCCACAUGCCAUCCAGCCCUUUACCACCUCUGAGUGGACCUUGGGAGAGUGGUCCGAGUGCUCCAAGAGCUGUGGUUCUGGGUGGUCCCGGCGCGAUGUGGAGUGCAGGGGGGAAGAUGGUGCUCUCUCUUUCUUUUGUGAUGAGGACCUUCGGCCCGCAGACAUCCGGCCCUGCGGUGACCUUCCCUGCCCCAUUUGGCAGAUGGGGCCCUGGUCCUCCUGUUCACGGACCUGCGGGCGUAGCGAGCGCCAGCGCAGUGUAUUCUGCAUUGACUACACUGGGAAGACAGUACAGCCAGAGAGAUGUGACCCAACCAAGAAGCCCGCACUGAUUUCAACAGAGUGCGUCUACCAGGAGUGCUGAGAUCUAAGUCCCCCAAUGUUGCAAAGUAAGGAACAAAUGGCCUUGAUGGUGGCGGCACCAAACGCAGUAGUGAAACUGCAGACCACUCCAAGCCAUUCCUCAAAAGAAGGAAUGAAAUUAUAAUGGACAAACUAGGGGAAAGAAGUGCACUAACUAGCCCAACAUGGGCCUGAAAGCAUUUACCUGUUUGAAAAUUAAGUUAAUUUUCUGUUGUUUAUUUUAACUGGUGUUUUUCAUAACCACUAUUGAAGGUUCAGCCCAUUUAAGAUCUACCUCAAAGAAUGUAAAAUUUGUAACAGAAUAACUUUAGGUAAAGAUACUGUGCUUUUUUCAUAAAGGAAGCUACUGAGAGUUUAGAAAUACCUCUGUUGUCCCACCGAAAAACACUUACAUUACAAGCCUAAUAUAGGAAAAACUUUAGAAUUAAAAACUAGAAAAAAUUAGACAUAUAAAACAUUUCACUCUCUUAUCUAACAUGACAUAUAGUACUGUAACUCUACUUACACUUCAGUUUAAGUUUCACAUCUCUUGUUGUUUUUAAUGGGCUCUUAUUGAUGUAAUAUUAUUCAAUGUUGAUUAAAAUGUUAUAGUUGGAAAGCAGAAAGUAAAUUCAGAUUUCUGACUAUAUCCAGCUUUAUACAAACCAGUAAAUAUAUCAUUAACUCAAAUUCAGUAGUCUACACACAAACGCGUGCGCGCGCACACACACACACACACACACACACACUAUGUAACAAAAUUACUUGUUGCCUCUAAUGACCUACAUUUUUGUAAAUAAGCCAUAUAUUAGCUUUUAUAGUCUUUGCAUAAUUAUAGUCUUGUCCUGAUCCUUUCAAAUUACAUUAUACAGCUGUAUUUCUUUUAUAAUGAAAUACAGUGUGUACUCUUUAAGCUACAGGUAAUGUCACACAGUCCACUUGCUCAAUGGGAGUAUAGGGUUGGAAUUAGCUUAAGUGCUAAAUAACAUACAUGUCAGAUUCCCAGUACAGUACAUCAGAUUCCUACAACAUUACUGGAGCAGUACAGGACUGGUUGCCAGGGGCAUAAGUCUCUAAUAAUAAUAAUAAGCACGGCAUAUUUGCAACUGGUAUGUACUGAAUGUGCAAAAAAUUUAAUUUGCAUUUGUCUUGCACAUACAAUCUGUAAAAACUAAAUAUAGUUUAGCAUUUACCUUGUUAGUUUAUUUUCCAGUUAGGAAAUUUAUUCAUCAUUCCAACAAACUCUUCUGCCUAUACCCCACCAAGAAUAUUUUUUAAAGCCCAUAUCCUAGCAGUUCUGAGUAGCUUUGAAAACUGAAGGUGUUCAUAAACAGAAGCAAUCCCAAACAAAAAAGUUAUAUUCACAAUAAAGUUUAUUUUGUGAAAUUUUUAAAGAUGUAUAUUUUGCUGCAUGCUGAAACAACUCCGAAAGACUCCUCACUAAGGUAUUUCAGCUGUACCCGAAAUCAACGCUAAUCUUACACUCUUAUUCUCAAUUUUGUUAUUGUGUGGCAAUGUAGCAUUCCGGCAAAUGUACAAAUAGAAAUGUAAAAAAUAAAAUGCAUGAUAUCCCUUCAGUGAAGGCCUGUACUAAGUAAUACUACAGCUUCCUUUUAAAGCUAUUUAUUUUUGUAUUGUUUCUACAUUUUGACAUCUUCUAAUACUGAUGAUUUUUAUAGUUGCUGCUGUCUUCCAAAUCAAUAGCGGACAAAUAAAAUUAAAAACUUGUGAACAAGUA